GCGUGGGCGCCUCUUCUUCCCAGCCCGGGGGCUGCCCAGGACGGACACGGAGUUCCAGACCGGGGACGUGGGUCUCUCAGAUACGUUCCCUGCGGGUCCAUUUUGGGGGAAGGGUAGCUAGGAAGUGGGGAGGCGGUGAUCCCGGGCUUUGGAUGGGGUUGGGGGAGGGGAACCAGGAGAGGGGAACCCCAGAGACCUCAGGAGUCAGGUCACAAUGCUGCGAGGGUGGUUGUGGGUGAAUAAUGGUGUGGCUGCCCCGUGUUGGUGUAUGGUUGGUUGUGUAACUGGUUGUGUGGUUCUCUGGCUGUGAUGAAUUCGGGUGUGUCCGCUGAUGUGUGUGUGUGUGUGUGUGUGUGUGAGAGAGAGAGAGAGAGGGGGGGGGAACGCACUGGCUUCUUUAGGGUGUCUAUGACCGCUUGCACUGUGUGUCUGGGUAUCUAGUUGUGUGGUCUGGCUGUCAUUUUGUGGUUACUGUUGUGUUCUUUCUGAUGGUGUGCGUGCCUUUUUUGAAAUCUGGCACGUGUCUGAUCUUACAUGCCCUUUGUAUGUGUGUGGCUGCAAGUCCAUGUCACACAUGUCACAUACACCCCUGCCUGACCAUGUGGCUGAGAUUGUGGAUGGCACACUGUCUCGCCUAUGACUGGAGGGGGUGUUUGUGUGCGUGACUGUCAUUGAGUGCCUUGUAACUGGGGGUGUGACUCUGUGACCCAUUCUGUGACUCUCAUUGUGUGGAGUGACUCCGCGCUGACUCUGAAGUGUGUUGGCAACCUUGAGUCUAUGGUGGUGACUGUGCUGGGGUAAGGGCUUGUAGGGGGCUGGGAUGUCUCUCUGACUGUGUGCUUGAGGGGGUAUGUUCUAUCCGUGUGGGUGUCUAUGACAGGCCAUAUGCAAAAUCUGUGUGUGUGUGUGUGUGUUUGUGUGUGUGUGUGUGUGUGUGUGUGUGUGUGUGUGUGUGUUUAGGAGUACUGGGUACUUAUGUGAAUGAGCAAACCUGAUUUGCUCAGCAUGAAACAGGCACCCCACACAGUGUGCUUGGAUCUUGCUGUGGAUUAGAUGAAUGUCAUCUUCUGAGGUGUCCCUGUCUCUAGAGUCUGGGAUGGAAGCCCUGACUGGGCUGUAUCUUGUGGGAGUACCCAUGAGAGUCACUGUACAUCUGGAACCUGUGGUGACCGUCUCUUCAAUAUGUCACUCUGUGGAGUAGGCCUCAAUGGAGCCCUGGACACACAGAGCCUACCCUCACCUUCCUGGGCCUCAGUUUCCACAUCCGUGCAAUGGAGAUGAGUGUCCUUGCCCUGCUGGCCUCCAGGAGUGGCUGUGAGUUGGUGGUGGUCGAGGUGGAGGCCUGUGGGAAGCCCUAGGGUGCCUUCACAGGCCCAGCCUUCACCAUGGCUGGAGGGAGACCUCACCUGAAGCGGAGUUUCUCCAUCAUCCCCUGCUUCGUCUUCGUGGAGUCUGUGUUGCUGGGCAUUGUGGUCCUGCUUGCGUACCGCCUGGAAUUCACGGACACCUUCCCUGUGCACACCCAGGGCUUCUUCUGCUAUGACAGCGCUUAUGCCAAGCCGUACCCCGGGCCUGAGGCUGCCAGCCGGGCACCUCCUGCCCUCAUCUAUGCUCUGGUCACUGCUGGGCCCACUUUCACGAUCCUGCUAGGGGAGCUGGCACGUGCCUUCUUUCCUGCUCCCCCAUCAGCCAGUCCUGUCAGUGGGGAGAGCACCAUCGUGUCCGGGGCCUGCUGCCGCUUCAGUCCCCCACUUCGGAGGCUGGUCCGUUUCCUGGGAGUGUACUCUUUUGGCCUCUUCACCACGACCAUCUUUGCAAAUGCGGGACAGGUGGUGACCGGUAACCCCACACCUCACUUCCUGUCUGUGUGUCGCCCCAACUACACGGCCUUGGGCUGCCCACCACCGUCCCCUGACCGGCCAGGGCCUGACCGCUUCGUUACGGACCAGAGCGCCUGUGCAGGCAGCCCCAGCCUGGUGGCCGCUGCACGUCGCGCCUUCCCCUGCAAGGACGCGGCCCUGUGCGCCUACGCGGUCACCUACACUGCGAUGUACGUGACCCUAGUGUUCCGCGUGAAGGGCUCCCGCCUGGUGAAACCUUCCCUUUGCCUGGCCCUGCUGUGCCCCGCCUUCCUGGUGGGCGUGGUCCGCGUGGCCGAGUAUCGCAACCACUGGUCGGACGUGUUGGCAGGCUUUCUAACUGGGGCAGCCAUCGCCACCUUUCUGGUCACCUGUGUUGUGCACAAUUUCCAGAGCCGACCCCCCAUUGGUCGAAGGCUCUCUCCCUGGGAGGACCUGAGCCAGGCCCCCACUAUGGACAGCCCCCUCGAAAAGUUAAGUGUGGCCCAGGAACCCGAGACCUGCAGGCCGCAUUCGACACCGGCACGGCUCACCCCAUCCAAGCCGCAGAACUGUGCCCGCCGUGGCCACCUGAUUCCCAGCUGUGUGUCCUCCAGGGCCCCAGCCAUGUGCUCCUCACCCCGUGUGCCCCGCCCUCGGCUGAGGUCUGAGCCAACACCCCUGCCGCUACCCAUGCCCCUGCCCGCACCGACUCCCAGCCAGGGUCCCUCGCCUUCGUCCCCUGGACCCGGAGGCCCAGGCGGGGGAGGUGGACGCGGCAGGAAGCUGCUGCUGCCCACGCCCCUGCUACGGGACCUGUACACCCUCAGUGGACUCCAUCCUUCCCCCUUCCACCGCGACAACUUCAGCCCCUAUCUGUUUGCCAGCCGCGACCACCUGCUGUGAGACCCACCACCUAAAAUAUGCCCAGUGUUCCCCACCCCGUUUCUUCCCUGCCACGCGUGCGUGUGCCACGUGAGUGCUAAAAGACCCUGACCCCCAAACCAGCCUGGCUCGGAGUCAGAAGAUGGCUGGAAGGACACUUAGGGGUUGGGGUGGGGUUCUCUUGACUGAUCUUUGGUCUUCUGAGACAUCCGGAUAAGCAAAAAAUGACCAGGUGGGCUCAUUUCCCUAGGACUGCCCUUUUAACGGCUGACGCUUGACCUAACUGGCCAUUGCCUGGGCUCCUAGUUCUCAGAAUUCAACCUAAAAGUUUACUCCAGCCAAUGGGAACCUCUCACUUCUUAGCUUUCUCAAGCAAGAGGGCAACUCCCGCCAACGUUCAGUGUCUAAACAGCCAAUAGGAGCCCUUGGCUUUCAGAAUUGCCAAGAGUGGGUGGGAAUGAUUCCAAUCAAUGGGGGACCGCCCGUGUCAAAGCCAAGUCAAAGCCAAGGAGGGCUAUCCAGACUCUCCCUAGAAUCAAGGAGUCCAGCUGGAGGGUGAGGGGCAGGCUCCCCCAUAGCAGGAUCCUGCGGCACCCCAACCCUCCUAGCUUCUCUCCCAGGUGCACCCUCACACCCUCCAACUCUCUACUUUUUCCAGUUCACAGGUUUUGGAGUUUCGGGUGCUGUCUCCCCUUGGCUGUGCCCAGGGCACCCCCAAACCUUCUAUUAUUUAUUAGGGCUGUGGAAAAAUACUUUAUUUUCUUGGGACCCACCCUUCUUCAUAGGGACCCCCUAUGCCUCAGCCUCAUACAGAUGUACCAUCUUGUGGGGCAAGGGUGAAACAGGAGGGGGUUCUAUCCCGAAUAGCCAAAAGCAGUGGGCAGAUGAGACACUGUCCCCCCUCCCUGCCUCCUUCCUCAUCUUUAAUAAAGACCUGUUUGUAACAGAA